AUUUUCAAAUAAAAUCCAAGAUGAACCCUCAACAUUCUUUUGGAUACAAUGGGAGUAAAUUUGCUAUUGUCAAUGAGGACUCUUUUGCGUACAUCUCAGCGAACUCGGUCUGCAUAUGGAAUACAGCCACGAAUAAGAAAGAGUUUAUCUCAAACAAGAAUGGAUAUACCUGCGUUGCUGCGAAUUAUAUGAAGGGAUUUAUUGCCGCUGCAGAGUAUGGACUUAACCCUAAUAUUCAUAUUUAUAAGUAUCCUGGAAACCAACUUGUUGCUAAGUUCCCAGCAGAGACUAAGAUCAGGUGCCAGGACCUUGAGUUUUCCAGAGAUUGUACUAGAUUGCUGAUGAUUGGAGACAAGCCUGACUAUAAGAUUUCAAUUUAUAACCUCGAAGAACAGAAGUUCCUGACUCUAGAUGAGAAACUUGUCGAUAAGCAAUAUCUGACAUGUGGAUUUAACCCCUCUGAUCCAAACCAGUUCUUUGUGUCAAGUCCUGAGAACCUGGUGUUCUACAACGUAAUCACUAAUUCCUAUAGAGAGGUCGUUGAAGAUGAUCAGAAGAGGAUUGAAAAGUGCGAGAGAUGCAACCAUAUUAUCUAUAAGCCUCCUACUGAAGAUACUAUCUAUAAGGAUAUUAUUUGGGAUCCUUAUUCCAAGCUAUAUAUCGCAACUGACCAGAGGACCCUCCAUCAAGUCGACUUUAAUGGAGAAGAGAAGAUGAAGAUAACUCUAGAAGAUGUCCCAAGAAGUUUGAUUCUUACUCAAAAGCAUUUGAUUGUUGCCCUUGACAACAAUAAACUACUCUGGUACAUGGCUCUGCCUCCAGAAGAAACAGCCCAGACUCAGCACCUUCUUUUGAAAGAAAAGUUGAUCCAGCUUCGUAAUGAAAUUGACAAGAACUACUUGUUCGAAAAUGGAGGCAUCAGACACAUGAAGUAUACCAAGAACUUCAAGAGAAUCAUCAUUGGCUGCGAUGACGGGUUUCUGUCACUUCUUCCGUUGGAAGCAGAAGCUUACAACUACGAAGACGAAGAAGAUGACGAUGAUGGAAGCGUCAAAGAAGUGAAGACAGUACAGACGCAGCUCAUGGAACUCGGAAAGUUCCACACUGGAGCCAUCAGUGGAAUCAAAGAGUUGGGAGAGACCACCCAAGUUGUCACUGUCGGGGAAGACAAUCUUGUAUGCAUCUGGGAGGCAACCAGCGGAACUUGAGUCUACAGGGAACAACUCAACUGCAAACUCACCGCGCUUGAAGCGAGCGAAGAUGGAAGCAAGAUAUUCAUCGGAUCUGAUGGUGGAGUUGUGCGGAUUUAUGAUAUUUCGAACAGGUGACUGCCUCGACUCGUGAAAGUGCACAAGCUCUUCCACUCUGCUAUCUCGAAGAUCACCAUAUCUUUCGACCAGAGAAUUGUUGCUGUGAGUUCGAAGGAAUCCAAGGAAGUGUGCUUCUUCUACCAAAGCGAGAAGCAUAGCUUCCAGUUUAUGUGUUACCUCGAAGGCAGAGCCAGAAUUCGGGAUAUUUGCUGGAAUAUCAAAGACAGAGAAAUGAGGAUCCUGUGUCUGCAAGAAAACUGUGUGUUAUUCUCUGCUCGAGUGAGCGUAGGAGAUGUGUCGAACAUCAGGGAGCCUUUGCCUGAGGACGUGUCAUUUCCAUUGUACAGCAAAGUAGACCUCGGCUCAUACUCAAUAAGCAGUGACCCCGAGAGUGGAGAAAUAUAUGUAGCUAACGAAGACAAGUUCUUGAAAAAGUACGAAAGCCCUGGACACAAAUACCACGAACUGAACUUUGACAAACCAGCAAGUGCUCCUCUGGAAGAGUUCCAGUCGCACGGAAUCCGCACAACGUGCUUCGAUUACUCUGAUGAAGCUGACUUCAUGGCUACUGGAGGCAAAGAUGGAAACAUCAUCCUCAGAAACAGAAGAAGGCUUAACCAGUUCAGCGAAGUAAAAGCACACGCUGUAUUCAACGGGGGAGUAACAGCCCUCUGCUUCUCAAAGAAGAGAACCACUCUUUACACAGCUGGCGGUGAUGGAACAUUCCUAGUGUGGCCAGUUGGAGCCAAGCCUAAUCCCAACCAGUCGGUUGAGCCAGCAGAUUUCUUCUCGUCACCAGACCUGAGCAAUAUCCCUCAGAUCGACAACGAGACUGACGACUCAGUGAAGUAUUACAAAGAACUAUUACAAGAACAGUUCUUAGAUUCUGAAAUUCCUCGCAAGAAAGAGUUCAAAGCUGAGAUUUCGAAGGAACUCGAAGACAUCAGGAGUCACAUCGUAGACCUGGUCGAAGACAACAGGAAAGCCCAGGAGAUCGAACAGCUUGAGAGACACGAAUUUGUGAUUGAUGUCAAGAAGAAGCAGUCAAUGGAACAAGAUGGAUGGCAGCAAAGGCAACUCAUCACCAAGCAAGCCAAGCGUAAGCAACUCGAAUACGAGUGUCUCAAAGAAAGAGUCAAGUCCGCAACUUGGAGCACCAUGGAGACUCACUCUACAGCCUGCAUUUCAUUGGACAGUGACUUGCUGCUGUACAACUAUGGAAUCAGACUGAGGACUCCUCUUGAAAAGAAAACACUCAACAGAGUGCUCCAUUUCAGGAGAAUGGAGUUGAGACAGCAGAUCACUGGAAUGGAAACACGGGCCAACAAGAUCCUUGACCAGAGCUUGUUCUCGAACCACGAUGAAACCUACAUUAUGAACAGAAUACGUGGAGUCCAGCAUUACGAAGUUGACGAGGAAGCUCCCAUCAUUACUCAAGCCAAGAGUGCGACCAAGAGAAAGAACAAGAUUGCUCAGCAAGAAGCCUCCAAGUCUACAGCUGACGGAGCAUUGAAGAAGGGCAAGAGAAAACCCAAAGUUGACUUGAACCAGUUCCGCCUCGGAGCCAACAAACCCAAGCUGCUUGACGAAGACGACUUCGACGACAAACUCAAAGACAGAGCCCAGAACAGAGACGAGUCCAACAUUGCAGAGUUGAGGUGGAAGAUUGUCACCAAGAAGAAAGAACUCGAAGACCUCAAGAAAGACAUCCACAUUCUCGGAUCAUGGGACUUGCUGUACGAACCCUCUGACCUCUACACUGAUGGAAGAAAGAAAAUGCAGAUUGAGAUGCUCCAAGACGUUGUGUUCGCACUGAAGCAGGAGUACAACAAAGAGUUUGAGCGUUUCCAGAGGUUCAAAGAUGACCAGAUAUUUGCCAUCCAAGAGAGAAGUAACCGCAUCACUGAGAUCUUGGAAGACUUAAAGAGAGAGGAAGAGCUGUUCCAUCCGAGAACUCACCCUCUGGAGACUCCUGCAAGCAUCCUUGAGGUCAAACCAGAAGAGGUCACAGUUCAGAAAUAUCUUACUGCUGAGGAACGAGCUGUUGAAGAUGAGAAACACAGAAUCGAACAAGAACGACUUAAAGCUCUCGAAGGUGACAACGUCGGUCAGCGAGGAAUCAAGAACAUGCUUGGAGGCACCUACGAACUCAAGAAAAACAAAGGCAUCAUGGAGGAAACCCUCGAGAGAGAAGAGUGGAUGAGCAAGCCCAUAGAAGACAUGACUGAAGAUGAGAAACUCAAGUUCAAAGAGUUCCAACAACGAGAGAAAGAACUCCAAGAAGAAAAAGACAAAAAGAGAAAGGCUUGGGACCAAGAACUCAAGAAGAACAGAAUCGAAAUUGAAGAGAUCUGUUUCAAAUUUGAAGAUGAACUCAAGAAAAUUCAUAAGAAGCGCCUUUACUAUGAUAUGAGAGUGUAUGAGCAAGAACUCUACAUCAUCAGACUCACUUUGAUGCUGCAUGAAAACAAAGAAAUUAAACAAGAAGCCGCACUCAUUGCAGAGAAGAAAGACAAACUUGAGCAAGAGCUAGUUGAGUCCAAGAACACCAUCAACAACUUCCAGCGGAUGUACGAAGACUUCGACUCAGAGUUCAAGGCCAGCAGUGCCAUCGCAGAGCAAGAGAAGGGUCUCCGAGACUUGUUCCCUAACGCUCCGUUCAGACAAAUCCUGGCUUUUGUGAGGAACGGAGGCAAGGCAGCCAACAGAGCCAGAGGCUUCAGAGGCCAGACCGAAGAAAACACUCUAGAACAAGAAGCGUUGGCACUGCUCUGCAAACUCGACCCCUACAUUAUUGUCGAUGAGAACGCUGUCAAAGCUAAGUUUGAACAAGAAAAUGUUAAAGAAGAAUACUCUUAUGAUCGAGACAAGAUCGUCAACCUGACUCCCGGAGAGUUCGACACUCUUGUCCAGGAGCGAGAGAACCGAAACAAAAUCGACAAAGAACGCAAAGGAAUGGAGCAAGAAAUUGCCAACCUGAGCGGCCACAAAGAGUUCUGUGAGAUCAACGCCAACGACCUCGAAGAAGCCUACGAAGACAUCAAGGCCAGCCACACCGAGAUUGAGAGCCGCAUGGAGAAACUCAAGUACAACUUCGAGGCGGUGGUCUACAUGCUGCAGGGGCAAGUGGAAGUAGCACAGGCACCGGUGGCAACAGACUACAAGGACGCAAUACUGGUCAAUACAGGCGUUAUCGAGGACGAAAACAAGAAAGUGGUUCAAGAAGGAAACACUAAUGUCAAAUAAACUAGAAGAGAUUACAAAAUUCAAGAGAAAACUGAACCAUGAAACUUGGAAGAAUGAUAAACUUAAACUCGAGAUUAAAGACUUGUUGGAAAGAGCAAUUGAUGUCCAGCUAUACAAGGUCACCAAAGACACCCAAGAAAUUAUCAAAGGAAACCAUAGAACCAAGGAUGAGGACGAGAAGAAGAGGCUUGAAGACCAAAUCAACAAUCUUCAGGAAAAUGCUGGCGCAAGGAUAGAAGUGAUCAACAAGAAAAAGAAGAAACUGAGAAAGGAGAUUAACGAAAAGAGGAAAGAAAACAAUGAACUCGAGACGAGAGCAAGAGACCUCCAGACGAAUGUUGACCAGAGAAAUUUGAUUAUCGACUUACGUUCCAAAGGUCCAAGUGGAGGAGGAGAUGACAGACUCCAAGACCCCAUCAAGAGAUUCAAAGAAGUUGCUACCGUCAGAAAAUACAAAGAGAUUGUGGACCAACAGAAGGAGGAAAUUGAAUUCUUGGAGGACGAACUUGAAAGAUUCAGAUCAAGAACAUUCCCAUCCUUCGCCAACAUGCAUGCCAGACAAGACUAUGCCGAUUAGAGGCGCACUUUGGCUUUAU